CAUCAGCAUGUCUGCUCUCUGGUUUCAGCUGAUAACCUUCGUCUGUCUCUCUUUUGGAGCCCCCGUUGGAGCAGACGUGGAAGGAGUGGUACGGAAACAUGUUGGACAAUCCGUCACUAUCCAGUGCAGAAGUACUUCCGAUCAAGAGACCCUGAAUUUGAAGAAGGGCCUCCAUGAGGAGCGGGAUAUUUUUUACGCAACAGUUCAUUCAGACAAACGUACUAUUGACAGCAAAUUUACUGACAGACUUCAGUACCAUGAAAAAUUCCCCAAUGUGGAAAUCCUCAUCAAAAACUUGACCCUGAACGAUACAGGACCGUACUGGUGUGUGUACAAAAUGACGGACAAGAAAUAUGUACAAAAAAUCACAAAAGGCAGUGGGUCUGUGCUCCUGGUGGUGACAGAAAAGCCUUCAACAGUUUUAGUGCGUGAGUGUCAGCCGCCCCAGAAUGACAUGGUCCUGUGGGCUGUGGUGAUCACCGCUGCUGUGCUGAUUGUCAUCCUCUCAAUUCCCCUCAUAAUGAUGAUCCUCAAGAAAAAGCGCUUGCACACCACAGCAGGAACAAGCCGAGAUGAGAACGUGUCUGGAAGAGCAAGCAGCCACGAGGACACUCUGUGAGCUCCCUGCACCACAGCGAUGCAGGUGAAGCUUUGUGGCAACUCAGUCUGUUUUCACUCUUCAGUCCUUGUGUGUGUGUCAGUGUGUGUCAGUGAAU